GAGAAUUUGCAGAAGCAGUGGUCUACAUUCUCCCAGGCCCUAAAUUGCUCUCAUUCUCCCUAUUUAUCACCCCGGAGAACUAAUUCGUUCCAGAGAAAAUUAGACUGCGGCAAAGGUGUCCUUGAUCUCUCUCUCAACACUCGAUCAGAUCAGCAUUCAGCAACCAUGUCCUCCAAGCAAGGUGGAAAGGCAAAGCCGUUGAAGAAACCGAAGUCUGACAAAGUAGAGUAUGACGAGGUUGACCUAGCUAACAUUCAGAAAAGGAAGGAAGAAGAAAAGGCACGUAAGAUGCUUGCGGAAAAAGCUAAGGGGAAGGGGCCACUUGGAGGCGCUGGACUGAAGAAAAGUGGCAAAAAGUGAUCGAUCCAUACUGGGGAGAUGUCUUGUUCUUUAGGGUGUGUAUUGUUUGUUUGCUUUCUCUCCAAGUCCUAUGUUUUUUCCCAAUCAACUCAAUGAAUAUUUCUACUCCUAUCAUGGUUUGAUGUGAAAUAUAUCUCCCUCCAUUUUAUAAUACUUGUCCCUCUUUCCAUUUUGGGAUGUUCUCUAUUAGUUGUCUUUCUUUCCAUUUUUGGUAAGUUUUUUCAAUAAAUAUACUCAUUUACCCCC